UCACAUUGUAUAAAUGUAAACCGUACUUGGUCAGAUAAAUGUGAUUCCUUUUUUCUUCUUCUUCCAAUUUAACUUUUUUUUUUUUUUUUUUUUUGUGUGUGUGUGUAUGUAUGUUAGGACAGUUCCACACAGCUGGACCUGCUACAUUCAGGAAGACCCCAGUGUAAACAAGAAGGGACAUCUCUGUUGGGCCCUAAUCAGUAAAACCAGUUGAAUUGAUCAAAAACACAAUAACAUUGACCUUUUUAGACUGAGAAAGUCUUUUGUGGUGUUUUAACCUGGGCACGCACACAUAGAGGGUCCUCACAAUGGCAUAACUAAUGAGGCUAAAAAUAUUUGACCUUAGCCAAAUACAAUUUGAAACGUCUAUAGGAAGCUAAGAAUAUAUGGAGUUAUAGUGUGUACCAUUUAGUGUGCCAGACAGAUGGUCGGACAGUCAGCACAAGGGUUGUUCCUAUUUUGGUAUGUAACUCUUCUUUUUUUGUUUUCCAAUUCAGGGUAAUGAACCAGCAAAACUAGCCAGGAAUUGAACAGCAUAUAACUUCUUGAAAGAUGGAUUCAGUUUCAGACCCAGUUUGUAUAAACGGAGGGGAGAAUGGUGAGGAAUGGGCUGAGCCGGCUAAUGAAGAGCUGAAUAAAGACAUGUUCAGUUAUCUGUCUAACGAGGAGAAGGAAUGUCUAAAAUACCUAAUGGACACCAUUGAUUCCUUGGAAGCUGAUAUGGUGGCUGACGAUCAAGAAGAAAGGACAGGAGGAGCACAGGAAACAGGAACACUAAUAGACAAUGCGGAUGAUAGAGACAGUGGUCUUAACACAGAACCAGAACAAGAGGAGGUCACCCCCGCUGCUGAGGAACCCCAGAAUCCAAAUCCAGCCACAGUAGAUCACAAUCACCAACUUGAAAUGCCAACAUGUGCCCCUCUGGAUAUACAAGCUCUCCGUCCUCAAACCCUGGUCUCUCCACGACUGGCCCGAUCCUCCAGCCACCAGCCUGCUCACGUGCGCAAGUUUGACACCAUCUUGAGAUCAGGAGUCAGUGUCCAGGAGCUACGGGCUCAGGUUCUGGCCCGGUUUGGUGGUACCUGCACGGAUGAAUCAUCAAACCUCCGCGAGGGUCCGCGAUCCCCUACUUCUCUAUUUCCAGAAGGUUCAGACUUCAAUAGCCCAAGGGUCGAUGCUCUUCAGAAACUGGGGCUCCUUAAAACUACAGAAGAGGCACCAACACUACCAGAGUCUCCCAAGGAACAGAAGUACUCUCAAUCGCCCCCAAAUACGACAAUGUCAAGCCAUCAACUGGCAUCCACCAUUGAGGAUAAAGACCAUCAGGAAGCCUUAGAAAAACUGGGACUUUUGCAGCUCUAACUCGAUGUAACUCGGAUCUCUCUCCUGAGAUUUUUUUCAUCUAAAGCAACUAUGCAAUAGCUCUCUGCAAUACCUGUGAGUAAUAUGCAGUAGUACUCACAGGUAUGCAGAACAUCUCACCACUUGAAUUCUGUUCAACUUUCUAUUUGACUGUUUUCUGGGUGGGGUUAAUAUGGGCAUUUAAUAUUUUUAUAUAAAAACAGGAUA